GUCCCCGCUUGGAUUCACCCACCAGCGCAAAUUAGCGCACUACCACUUUGUCAAUAGCUUCAUUUUAGUUUCAUGUAUGUACACAGUACACCAUCUUACAACUUUCUUCGAUCUCUCUCUCCAGAUGCAUAAAACUUCCUUUCUCUCUCUAAAAUGACUGCUCUCUCCAAGACCUUGUCCUCCUCUUCUCCGCCGUCUCCGCCACACUUGAACGAAACCUCCGACGGCGCCGUCGAAAUUCGCCUCCGGGAGGCGGAGGACCGCCUGAGGGAGGCCAUGGAGGAGCUGCAGCGCCGCCAGCGCCGUGCGCGGCGGAUCCAGCCACCGUGCGAGCAUGCCGAUGAGUCGUGUGUCGCUAACGCCAUCGGCAACCUCUGCCAAAGCUUCCUCCUCUCCUACGGUGUUCGCGUAGGCAUCGGAAUUUUGCUACGCGCUUUCAAGCUCGCUCGCGGACAAUCCUAUUCGUCCCUUCUCGAUCUCAAGCAACUUGUCUCAGAGAAAGAUCUGAUAGUGAGAGAGGAAGCAUGUCGAAUUGGGUUGCUUUUUGGGGGAUUUACUGGGUCGUAUCAUGCCCUUAGAUGCUUGUUGAGGAAGUUGAGAAAAAAGGAGACGCCGAUGAAUGCCAUUUUAGCAGGUUCAGUCGCUGGUUUAUCUAUAUUAGCUUUAGGUGAUCCUAAUCGGAGGCGUACAUUUGCUUUAUAUCUUUUGGCUAGGCUUGCCCAGUGUGCUUAUAAUUCUGCAAAGUCCAAAAACAAGUUUCACUUUUGGGGAAGCCAUUGGAGACAUGGAGAUUCUUUACUCUUUGCUUUAGCAUGUGCGCAGGUUAUGUACUCCUUUGUAAUGCGUCCUGAGAGCUUACCGAAAUCAUAUCAGGAUUUUAUUCAGAAGACUGGACCAGUUGCCCGGCCUGUAUACAAAGCUGUGAGGGACUGUUGUAGGGGUUUCCCGGUAGAUGUUGCCUCGUUGUCUGAUUACUUAUCCAACAGAAGGAACUCCCACUCUGUAAAGUUGGAAGAAUUUCCUUCUAUUAUUCCCUGUUCCAUAAUUCACCCAGACACGAAUUCAUGUUUAGCUCACAAUAGCAAUGCAGCAUCAGCUACUUUCAGGAAAACAUUUCCACUUUACUUCUCUUUGACUUUCGUACCAUUCGUUGUUCUGCACCUGCAAAAGUUCAUGGAUUCUCCUGUUCGUACUUGUUGGCUUGCUGUUAAAGGAGCUGUUCGGUCGACAACAUUUUUGUCUGCUUUUGUUGGCAUCUUUCAGGGAGUUAUAUGUUUGCAUAGAAAGGUGGCUUCAAAAGACCACAAGCUUGUUUACUGGGUCGCAGGUGGAGUUUCUGCUCUUUCUGUACUGCUGGAGAAGAAAGCCAGACGAGGAGAACUCGCCUUAUAUGUUCUUCCACGAGCUGGAGAUUCUUUGUGGUAUAUAUUAGUGAAUCGCCAUCUGCUUCCAGAUAUAAAGAAUGCUGAGGUGGCUCUAUUCUGUGCGUGUAUGGGUGGGAUCAUGUACUAUUUGGAACACGAGCCAGAUACCAUGGCUCCAUUCCUUAGGGGCCUGAUCCGUCGCUUCCUUGCUAGCAGAAUAAGCAAUCCAGGCUUUCAAUCGAGUCGAAGUGCUUCUUAUCUACAAUCUGUUGAUUCCUUGAAGAAACCAAAAUUGCAGGAGAACAGAGAGGCAGAAGCCUCAGCUUCUCAGAAAUACAAUCUGGAAUCCAUACCUGGACUCUGAGCACCCUUUUAAACUGCUCAUACACCAUGGCUAUGGGUCCUCAAGCUCAAAUAUACAAUUCGAUUCUAUUCAUUUCUAAUUUCUUGCCCGGGCAGCAGAGUUUUGCUCAAUUUAUUAAAACCCAACUAGUGGGGAUUGUUGUUGUUUAGACCUUGAAUAUGAUUUUUUAGUGUCAGUAUGCAACUAUAAUCGGCCUUCAUGGAACAGGAUUUGAAACGAGGAACGAGGAAUCAACUUCUUUUGGAUUUCUAAGGGAUUUCGUUAUGUAAAUAAAUAAGAAUAGCUUGUAUGGUACUUUUUAUAAUAGCUCCGUUAAGACAAAAAUGGCUAUCGUUAUCUUUUUCGGGUUUUAA